AUGGCACCAAGUCCGCUUCAACAGGCUGUCAUUAAUUUCGUUUUCCGCUUCAUCCUACGCGCCCAACGAACGGGCUCCUUCACAAAACGCGAGGCUGACCUGCCUACGGUGAUUUUUGAAGUUACGCUGUCUGAGAGUCGCGAGGAUCUGUAUUUAUAUGAUGAUGAUGAUGAUGAUGAUGAUGAUGAUGAGAUUAUCGCACAAACUUUCCAAGAUGAUGAGAUGGUCUAUGCGGACGUGGCCGCCAGCAUUCUGUUGGACGACUGGGUAGGGCCCGUCACAGCCGCUUUCGAAGUAUGGAAAAAUGGAGGCCACGGACAACCCCGUCUCCGACAUGGUCCAACUUCAAUCGAACCGGCCGAAGACAACCCUACGAACCCGGUCAUCAGUUCACGGAUAUAG